UUGUGUUCGCAUCGAAUUCUGAGGUAGUUUUGAGUAGUUUAGUUAACAGUUUAAUUUUAGUGCAUAAAUUUAAAGACAAGUUUCGUUAAUUUUCAUAGAGUGCAUGAUGGCUUCAGAAUUACAGCACAAGAACGUAAAAGACAUAAGAGUGCCUGAACAUAAAUAUUAUAAGUGCUGUAUAGUACCCAUGUGUGGUUCCACAACUGUAACUGCCCCCAACAAAUUAUUUUUUAAUGUGCCGAAGGAUGAGAAAAUGAGGAAGAAAUGGUGUUUAGCUAUAAAAAGAGACCUGAAGAAAAGUCCAGUUAGUGUUAAAUCUACUUUGCACAUCUGUGAGGAUCAUUUUAACUUGAUACAAGAUAUGGAAAAUUUUAUGCAGUAUCAAUUAAUGGGCAGGAAAGUAAAAAAUUUGAGAUUGAAGGCAGGGGUGAUUCCACAUAUAUUUAUGUGCCAAAAAACAAAAGAGGAACCUAAAGAAAGACAUCUUCCUGAAAAAAGAAGACGUCUUGAACUUAUAAUGGAAGCAGAAAUCGAAGCCACCACACCAUCUGCGUCUGCUAAAAAUAAUGGCGAUAAAAUGGAGGAAGCUUUUGGUGAAGAACCCACUAUGGGACAAGUUUCAGCGGAUAUUGUUGAAUCGGCGACUCUGACCGUGGACAAGGCCAUACAAGUGAACCUGCGACCAAAAUUUCAAAACAAGGCAACUAACGUGCAGCAAAUAUGUACUUCAAUUGGUUUAUCACCAAUAAAAGUACCAGUUGUGUCAGUUGGAACGUCUCUUUUAAACCCUACAAUAUAGUGAAAUCACUAUCUUUUAUAGAGAAUACAGUUUCUUCUGCAAGUUCAAACAGACAGAGAAAGUGACUAUAAUUUAAGUCAAACUAGUUCUUCAAGUUCAACUCAAAUGUCAUGUGCAUUGAUAACUAUAUUACACUGCA